AUGAAGCUCAACAAGUCUACAAAGCUUAAUCCAGAGGCUCACUUGAUAUAUGCGCUUCGCCUGUGCACAAAACUACUCGCCAAACAUCCAGAUCUAAGGCUCAGCAACAGAGUUGUUAACAUUCUUAAUGAGAUAGAUAACCUAUGCAACGACAUUCGCCAACGCGGGUUAGCGAAUCGCAAGCGAAAACAGAAAGAUCCUGCUUACCGGCCUACAAAAUCGUUUAAACGCGUACGCAUGGCGCCCGCAGCUCAACGUGUUGAGUUGGAUGCUUCUCGCGACCCGACAAACUUUUGCAAUAAUACCUCUGGCGAUAGUACCUGUCCUGUAACCUUUCCACAAUCCUCUGGCGGAACCUCUGACUGCCCUGCAACAUCCUGUGAUGUUACCUCUCAUGCUACCGAUGCGACAAUCGGUCCCUCUAGAACUUCGCCUGAAACGUUCGGUCAUCCAUCAAUAAACAACCAUCCAGCCUCACAUGGCGCAUUCAGUCACCCACAAGAACCCGCAAGUGAACCCUCUUGCGAUGUGAUAAUUCAGUCGCAUGCAACCUCUCUGGAGGCCUCGAACUCCUCCCGAGAAGACAACUGCGAGACUUCUCGCGAGCAAGCAGCUGUUUUCCACGCAGUCUCUCGAGAAUCAAUGGUCGCCCCACAAGAAUCUGCUCGCGAAACUUCUUUCGACUCACUAACACGCUCUCGUGAAUCCUCCCACGACGCCUCAACAGACGAUGAGAAUACCUCUUGCGCUCACCCAAUUACGGUAGCAAUGGCGAUUGAUAUAAUCCAUCAGUUCAGCCAGGAGCUUUACGAAACGCCCCAGCAUAUUUAUGCAGAGAUAGUACGAUCGGUUCAGGAGGACCUUCAAAUUCAAUGGUCCGAUGACAGAUCGUGGAGGGAUACUAUUGAGAAGUCUUUUUUCAAGGCUCAUAGAUAUGUGAUCUUCAACCUUCUUGAGUACAUUGGGGCUUCGGAUUGGUUUGAUAAGCAGGUAUCAAUAGCGCAAGAGUCCUUCCUCACAAAGAAGCGUCAGCCGAUCAAAACUAGUACUGCUGCUGGCAAGGUCCUGGAUAACAUCUGGGAGCGAUGCAGUCCACGCCUGAAUAAUGUCUCAAGCAAGUUACAAAAAGCUCAGCGUCAGCGUAUAUGGCUCCAACUUCACAGGGGAAGGGAGCUGCGUAGCAGACUUGCUAAGCGUCUCGGCCUCGGAAUUCUUUUUAGUCCAAGAAUUUGGUAG